GCUGCAAAGCUCACACUGAAUUUAAAAUUGUUUUAAACAAGUUUGACUUUAUAUACAUGAAAUAUAUCAUAUACAUCAUAUAUUAGAUAAACGAAGCUGAAAGCUUAUAUAAAAACAAGGUUAUAAAAGUCGAUAAUGAAAUGUGUUUAAAAAUUCAAAGUAACCUGCACAUUUAAUUGUGAGAAAUAUCCUCAUUAUGUUCUAGUGAUACGUAUAUAAUUCCCCCACAUAGAUGUUGAAAAAGUAACAAUGCCUACAAAUGAUAAGGUUAAUGGAAAGAACAUCAAGUCUCCUCAAAGAUGUGAAGGAACUUCAGUUUCUGGUUAUAAUACACCAGUUAGGAAAAAACAAAUUACAAAUAAUACACAAGAGUCUCCAGAUCUUGAUUAUCUUCAAAGUCCAAUUUUAUUUCCAUGUACACAAGAGAGCGCUACAGAAGUUGCAUGGGACUGGCAAAGUUCUUUAAAUAAAACUCCUGAAAGCAGAAAUAAAAAAAGAAACACCCAGUUUGAGACGCCAAAAAGAGCAAAAUUGUUGCAAAAGAAAAGAAAUUCAAACUCACCCUUAUUAUAUAAGCCGCUCAAAAAGAAAACCGUCAAGAUGGAAAGUAUAGAGAAUAUUGGACAAUUUUCAGCAGAAUUGCAAGCGUUAAAUGAACAAAUGAGACACAUAAAACAAAGUAAUACGAUUUCAUUCAAUGUUGACGUGAAAGAAGAAGAAGAAGAAGAAGAAGAAGAAGAAGGAGGAGGAGGAGGAGGAGGAGGAGGAGGAGGAGAAAGAGAAAGAGAAAGAGGAAGAGGAAGAGAAAGAGACAAAAGACAUAGAGAUAGAGAAGAAAAGAUGGUAUUAGCCUCGAGAAACACAAACGAGGAAGUGGAAGAUCAGCAGAAUUGCAUUGGCGAAACAAAUGAUUGUAACAAUAGUAAAAACGAUGGAAGUUAUGACGAUUUAUUUGAUGAUUCAGUAGAUGAAUGUAUGAUUAGAUGUACUCAAGAGAUGGAAGAAAAAUUCAAGUUGAUUGCGGACAAAGAAAAUUCCAUGAGCUCAGAUGUAAUUACCAAAAAGGAGCCACAUCAUAGUAGCAAUGUAGAUAAAACUUGCACAAAUUUUACUUGUAAUGAAAAUUCUAAAGUGUCACCCAAACACACUUCCUACAAGGGCACAAAUAAUAGUGCUGCAUUAAAAACAGGCUUCUCAUUGAGAAGAAGAAGCUUGGAAAGAAAUACUGCUGUGCAGAAGGACAAAAAUUUGUAUAGGACGUGUCUAAACAACAACGACACUAUGACACACUCCCACGUUAAAAAAAUAUGCGAUAACAGUACUUCGGUGAAGAGUAAUACCACAGAACUAUUUGGAGAUGACUCUUUCGAUGACUGUUUAGCAACCUGUAUUGAAGAUGAAAAGGUUGAAGAUGAGAAGGUCUUGUCUUCGUCGACAGUAUGCGAUAAGUUUUCAACUCGUCAAAACAAUGGUGCUGAAAGUGACAUUAGUUAUAAAUAUUUACCUCAAAAACUGUUAAAAUCGGAAGCCACAUCCGCAAAUUCUCUUAAGACUGCAAUACAAACGGAAACGUCUGCUUCCUCUUCCUUUCAACAUAGAAAGUUUUUUAAAACAAAAAGCUUGUCGGAUCACUUACAUUCGAUUAAAACCUCUACGAUAACAAACUCAAGUAUUACAAGUGCCUCUGUAAGUAAAACUACAAAUGUUAUAAAUGAGUACAAAAGCAGGAAUAGCGCAGUUCCAUUAGGCGCGGACCGCAUCGAAAGUUACAAUAUUAACAAGUGCCCAAUAAAAGAAAGUGAUCGUUUUAUUAGGCAUCAUUCGACUGGCAAUAUGAAAAGCGAUGUAGAAAAGGAAGUGACAAACAGAAGUUCGCAACCAGCUGGAUGUACCGCAGAAGAAAUUGAGAAGAAAAGAUUGCAAGCCAUUAUGAAACUUGAAGCGAAAAGAAAAUUGUAUUUUACGAAGAUUAAAAGUAAUAUUAAUAGAUGAGAACACAUAAAUGCUUUAUAUAAUAUAAAAUUUCUCUCGUGUGUUACACUCUCAAAACUCGAAAAAUAACA